AGUAUCGUUUUUACGAAGUCAACUUAAUGGCCGUAUCUUUGGCUCUUCGCUUUAUUUUUCCAUUUAUUUGAUUUCGGAUCAAACGUAUCGUAGCUUAAUGUGUAUGAAAGUUAUAUUUAAAAAAACAAAAAAUGUUCAAACAGGCUUUUAAAGCUUCAUUGAAAUUUGAUGUUUCAUUAAGCAUUUUAAAAGAAGUAAAAAAUACAUUUUCUGCUUCUCAAUGGCAUUGCAAAAGAUUAAUAAAUACUUCCUCCAAAUCAAAGUGGGAUCUAUUAAGUGCUGUAUGUCUUGAACGUCAUCCGAUUGUUACAAAACCUAUGAAUGAAAUAGAAACAAAUUAUUAUAAUUUAUUAAAAAGGAUAGAGUAUGAAAAUAGUAUGAAGUCAGACCAUGAGCUUAAACUUGAAAAGGAGAAACUUGAACAGAAUCAGCCAUUAGAAUUAAAUAUUGCAGAUACUGACGUUGUUUCAUUGCAAACAGCGCAAGAGUUUGAAGACAGUUGUCAAGAAGAAUUAAAAAAUUUUCAAUUUGCAUCUAGAAUUACAGAAUUUGAUAAAUCUAAUGACAAAACUAGCCAUAUGUAUAAAUUAGACAAAACAUUAGUUUUACUUGUAGAACAAAAUGUCAACAAUAUUGCUUCUUGGAUUCCACCUCAAGGUCUUAGAAAAGAUGGAGAAACAAUGAGGCAAGCAGCAGAAAGAGUAUUGCAAGAAUUUUGUGGUACAGAAAUGACGGUUAGAUUUUAUGGAAAUGCACCAAUUGGUUUCCAUAAAUAUAAAUAUUUAGAGCAAAAUAAUAAAGGAAGUGACAAGUGUGGAGCAAAGGUAUUUUAUUUUUUAGCUCGAUAUAUAGAUGGAUCCAUUGCGAGCGAUAAAAAGUACCAAUGGUUAAGUAAGGAAGAAUUAAAAAAAACUAUACCUCCUAAAUUUUAUCAACACGUAUCAGAGUUUUUAAUAUUUGAGUAACCAAUAUUAUAGAAUUAUUUACUUGCUUUUACUAUAAUAAAUAAAUUAUCUAUUGUAA